GGAAGUUGGAUGGCAUUAAGGUCGUAAGUUCACUGUUAACUUAUAUGUUGGAAGGAACACCGUGAACUGUAAACAGGAACUUGAACCAAGGAAGGUAGAGUACUGUUACCAUUAGGUGAUAUAAAAGUUAACAAGACAUUCUGGCAAUUACAGCAUUUCAUCUUCUAGAGAACUACAGUGAAGAAUUGGUACAUUUCUUCAUUCUGAUUGUAAUUUCAGCGGACAGACUCAAAGAGGUAAUUAAGAUGGAUACGUCAAAACUGUGGCUUUAACCGUUUUAAAUCACGGGCCUCACUGUUAGUUGGCCGAUGAAGAUGAAGGGCCUCCAGUUUAUUCAGAUUUCACUAAACAUUUUAGGACGGCUUAAUUAAAGCCAUCGUUUUGUUUGACUUGUUUGCUUUUUUCAUGUUACGUAAACCUUGAAAUUGCAUAGUUAAGUGACAUGUUGAGGUAAAUGCAAAUUCAUGGCCAAGAAUAAACUAAGACGGUAUGCAUGAUCAGCUAGGUCAGUAUUCUAGAUAAUUAAUCGACGGAUUUAAGUGGUGCGUGAAGUUAUCAUCCUGUCGAGUACUCGACAAACAUUUUUUUUGGUCCACAAUUAUGCCUGUCUAGGGAGUUUUUGGUUUUCUAAUUUCAGGUAGGUAUUCAGAAGAAUUCUUUUACUUACGUGGUGACCCUCAAAAUGGUGUGCCAGCUCCGGCCGCUGAGAAAGUUAUUAUAAUUACGUAAAAGCAAGCAUUGUUUCAGAGUAAGUUGUUUUAUGGCGAGUUAACGUUAAAGGUCUGAAAUUGAAAUGUCUAAGUGUUAUACAUACGGUGAUAACAUUGCAAUUAUAGAUUUCGGUAUCACUAUUAUGAUAAUUGAUUUAAGUCGUUAAUAAGGAAAUUCAGUUUUACAGCAAUGCAGUAAAAGUCUUAUCUUCUAAGUAACAGUUAACGCUUAUGAUCAACGGUAAUUUGCACAGCCUUGGCGUCAAUCAACACGUACAUUGCAUGUGAAAUUCUUGUUUAAAAAGGCUUAGCAACAAAUUUUACUGCAGUCAAUACCACCAUUGUUGAAAAGGCUGAGUUCGUCGCAAGCUUCAUUUUUUACUGAUAGACUGACAUAAUACCCAAGCAGCUUUCCGCUUAUUGGUUAGCAAUGCACGUACUUAAUUUGGUAUGGAUGGCAUUUUUACUUCAAAAUUGAAUAUUCCCACCUUGCUCUUAUUCCUUUAAGAAGAAGUGCUUAUCGAUUUGUCAUUGAUAUCAGGUGUUCUGACAAGAGAGAUUGGAAAAUCCGCCGCAAGCAGAAACUUGAUACACAAUGGGUAGCUGUUUUUAUAAUCGGUGAACAUGACAUUGCCUAAAUUCCGUAUAAGUUUAUUUUUGGAGUGUCAGUUACGUCUCAGAAUUGAUCCCUGUGGGUUUCUUGACUUGCCAUAUGCUCAUAGACAACCGUUCAUCUCUUUACACAAUUCUUCUAGUCAGUUUACUCUUUUCUUCCACAGAAAACAGGCCUGAUAGAAUUCUUCAGUAUAUUUCGGCUUUCUUCUGUUCCAAGGCAAAAUGAGGCUUUUACUGCAAUGUCUUUGUAAAUGAUCCAGGCUUCCUACCUUGUUUACUGAGUAAGUUAUGUUUGUGCCUCGUAAAACCUCGGGCAGCAAAGUUUUCAAGGCAAAGGGUGCAGAAGAAAUCAUUUGACGCAGGGUACAAGCAUUUUAAUAAACUGUACGUCGAGUUUUUCUACCGUUGAUAAGAUUGCUCAUACUUCCUCUGUUUAUAGGGCUUGUAAGCAUCUGAUAGUGUUCUUUAAGGAUUUGCACGAGCAAAAACACUGUUUCUUCUUACAAACGUCUAAAAGUUUAUAUGUGGCGGAUACUGUAUCGUGUUUACAAAUUGCUGACCUUCCUUUCUUUGGUGUUUUUCAGUUCUUUAAAACUGCUGGCGAAAAAAGAAAACAGUGUUUAGUUAAUUGCAGGAUUUAAUUUUGUUUUUGAGCGGCUCACUGCAAAUUCACCUCUCCACACUAUUGUCGUUUGCCUAUCACAGAAGAUCAGAAAAGAAAAUUUAGUGGUAUAUGCAGCAGAAAUAUUUUACGGUUUACAGUUUCUUCAAAGGAAAUAAAGUUCUAGCCUCCCAAAUCUUUCAAUUCCUGAACUCUUAAAAUCCCCCACAAUACAUUGGUUGGACAAGUCUUAAAUGUUGCUGUCAAUUGACUGUUAAACUCAAAAUAUUAAACAUUAAAAUAUUAAAAAAAUAUAUAUUUCAAAAUAUUAAACUCGACGAAAUUCGAAAUGACGACAAAGGCUGAAAAUUCAAUGACAACCACGAACGUGGGCGAGUGGUUUCACUGCAAAGUUUUGAACAUUUUGAGGUUAUUUCUAUGGUCAACAACAAAAGAGACCAUAAAAAUAUGUAAAUAUAUGUGUAUAUAUCAAUAAUGAUUGCUUUGGGUAUUGGGAAGAUUUUGUUUGGUGGUCACUCAAGUAUAUCAUUGCAUUGCUCCAUAUGCCCAAUGUCCAAUUACCAAAGCAUCCCUUUCUGAUUUAGCUGUAUAUAUUUGUCGCUUUGUUUAUUAAACAUUAUUAAGAGCGACGGUCAGAAAUAUCGACCAACGAGUGGCAAGAGUUGAAAAAUCGAUUUCCUUCCUUUUUUUGUUCAAGACAAGACAAGACAAGACAAGACAUUUAUUAUCAUAACAUUACAAGUACAAUUUUUUGUCGCUCAGUUAGCUAGAAAACGCUAGUCGAGGCGUGCCAAAUUAAUUCUAUUAUAAAUCAGAUAUUAUAUUAUAAUAAGUAAAAAGCAAAGAAAAAGAAAAGAAGAAAUAUUUUUAAUGAAUUCAAAAGCAAGAAAGACAAAUUUGUUUAAUGCAACCUGUGAAAGAGGCUAAGGUUUAGGAUUUCGCGAUUUUAUUUCUCGUGUUAUCAGGGUUGCAUCAAGGUAAUCAUCUUUGUCUUUUAAUAUUUCGAAGAGCACAACGGGUAGGUAUUCAGAAGAAUUCUUUUACUUACGUGGUGACCCUCAAAAUGGUGUGCCAGCUCCGGCCGCUGAGAAAGUUAUUAUAAUUACUUUCGUUUAAACACUUUUUUUGACAUAUCUCUCAUUCUACCUGGUAUCUCAUUCCAUACUUUAGCGCCAAAAAUUGGGACGGCUUGUCUUAGUUUUUCAAGAUUAAAUUUUUUGAUGUACAUAUUAUUUUUAGAGGAUGAUCUUGUCUUAUAUGCAUGAAUAGAUGAUGUCUGCGAGAACAAGUUAACGAUUUUUGAGGGUGCAGAAUUAGUAUGGAUAUCAUGCAUUUGGUAAGAUACGGACUUAAAAUAGAGAAAGCUAAUUGGCAGGAUAUUUGCAUCAAUAAAAAGAGGAAUGGCAUGGACUUUCCUGUUGGCAAAAAAUAUGAAACGGAUAACUUUUUUCUGAAGCAAUAAGAUUUUUGUUAAAUGUGUUUUUUACGCCUGCCCCCAAACUAUCAAACCGUAAGAUAAAUAAGGCAAGAUUAACGCACGGUAAAUAUUUAGCAAGGUAUGUUGAGGAACAAAGUGCCUCAAUUUAGCGAUUAAACCAACCGUUUUACUGUCCAUAAAUAGCUUUUAGGUAAAUACGUAAUCUGAUGUAAGUUGUUCUCGCAAAAAGCCUUUUAUUUUUGAGAAAAAUAAGAAUAUCAGUUUUCGUGGUCGGAGUCUCAAAAUGACCGUUCUUUCAACCGGAAAUUUUCUAACAUCAACUCUCCUCGCGUUCGCAAAUAAAGCCGCAAGGAGAAAUUUGGACACUUUCUGUCAAUAAAACAACUCUUCUUCUUUCAAUAGAAGAUACUUUCAAAGCAAUAUCAAGACUCGUUAAACUAAAAUAAUUCACAAACGAAGAACAGGUUUUUGCGGUGACAAAAACUUUAAUUUAGUAGUUGUUUUUUGCGGCAUUAUUCUUCAUAUGGUAUAGCUCCAAAUUUUCUCGGUCCUCGUUUAUUCACACAUUCAGACAUUCAUCUAAAGCAUACCUGAGAAUUGGCUCGGGUUCCUUUAAGGAGCCUUCAAGUCCGAUAAAAAUAGUGAAGCGUGACCAAAAUAACUUAUUUAACGGCUCCAAGCUUCCUCGAUCGUAAACUAACAAGACGAAAUAUCUUGCUGUUCCGUCAUCCAUAGCGAAUUACCAUUGUUAAAGUCCUUAUUUUUUGAUAAGAAGUGAGUACCAGAAAAAGCGCGUUCGACUUUUUCUUCUUGAAAAUACUGCCCAGAUCGAAAAUGUUACUCUUUCAAGAAUUAUGUUACGUUACUACGUGAUUCCGUGACUGUCAUUUUGACGUCUCCGUCUCUUCAAACGUACGUUAUGUCGCGUGCAGUAAUGGAACAGAUUGUCACGCAGAGUCGCCGUCUAGAGUUUAGUGUCUCAAAAUGGCUAAAAUUGACCCAGUUUCACCUUUUUACCCCACUCUUUGACUGGAAAAAGGAAUUUUGCAAUGGGAAAACCUACAAGAAGUACAAAAAAGCGAGCCUUUGGGCUGUAAAUAUCUACUUUUGUGCGUUUCGAAAUUGGAAGUGUUCACACAAUUACCGUCGGCCUACCAUGAAAAUUCCUGAACUUCGGUGGUGUCUUACGGAGAUAACAUUCAGUAACCCAAGCCAGUUCCCAAGUAUGUUUUAAAUGAAUGUCUAAAAGUGUGAUUUAAAUAGCAUUAAGAGAAUUUGGAGUUAAACCACAUGUUAAAUAUUGCCGUCGAAAAUGAGUAACGAACUUAAGUUUUUGUUAUUCUGAAAACCUAUUCUUCAUUUUUGAAUUAUUUCGGUACGAUGAGCUUCGCUAUUGCCCCGAGAGUAUCUUUUAGUGGAAGAAAAAUAAUUUUUCUGUCCAUGGUAAGUGUCCAAAUUUCUCCAUGCUGCUUCGUUUGCGAACGCGAGGAAAGUUAAUGUUAGCGAAUUUCAGGUUAAAAAUUAGGGCAGUAUGAGAUUCCGACAUCGAAAACCGAUCUUCUAAUUUUUCUCAGAAAUAAAAAGCUUUCGAGCAACAAUCUACUUCAGGUUUCUUAUCUACCUAAAAGCUAUCUAUGAACAAAAAAUGAAAGAAAUUGAUUUUUCAAAUCUUGCCACGAAAUUAAGAGUUUGGUCGAUUUUUCCUUACCGGCGCUCUUAAACAUUGGCAGUUUUUGAGGUCCAUUUCCUUUUAAGUUUCUCGAAGACUUAUCGGGGACGAGAGACAUAGAAAAGCAAAUUUCUUUUCUGUAGACUAAUAAUACUCUCAUAGACCUCACUGAUUAACCAGCCGUUUAUUGCAAAAGAUUAAAUCAAGUUUUUGAUUGAUUGAUUCCUUGAAAAUAAUUUGAAGUAUUUAUCUUCAUAGAACUGUUAGCUCAAUCAUCCACGAACUGUUUUGUGCAUCUGUUAACGCUGACUUUGAAUUUACUUAUAUCAGUAUCUAUAAGGAAACAGCCUUCUUCAUGGGUAACUGCGCAUGCCUGCGUGCUUCCUUUGGCCAUGGUCUAAGCAGUGGCCAAGCUUAUCAACCCAGCAAGGACGAAAAAGGGUAUGUUUCUCCUUCUUGAUGAUGAUGAUCACGAUAAUGGCGAUAAUAAUGAUGAAGAUGAUAUUAAUAAUGAUGCCCAAGAGAGAACGUGAUAUUAUGAUGUAGCAAAGACCGCAAUUAGCAAUUUCCCUCGAAUCGGAACUCAUUUCUUCAGCGAUUCCUGCAAGUCAGGAUAAUAUUGCUCGUCGGUGACUACUCUAGACAGAUUUUUCCACGUAGAAAUUUUCAGACUCGUUGCCAAAAGUAAUACCAAGUUUGCUAGUCAUGUUGCUUGCUUCUGUAUGUUAUCAACAGCGAAAUGAAUAAGGGAUUCGCUCCUUCAGAUUAUUAUCUCUUGUGAUGCCUUGAUGUUGCGUGGAAGCCAAUCAAUAUUUUUCCAAUGACGUGAGGUCAUUAUACUUGCGCAAACUUUGAUUUAGAUCAUUAUUUAAUUAAGGUGGCUCGACAGGAUUUUUAAGGGAAAUACCUGGCAACUCUGAUGUCAAUAAAACAUUGAUCAUAACAAAUUCUCAUUUUUAUACAAUACAGCUAUGUUUGUUAAUGCAGACGUAAGUAAAUGCUCAAACUUGGGAGGUCCACUCCCCUAAAAAAUUCUAGUCGAGCCACCUUAACUUGACAACAUUAUACAGUUUUUGCUAGUUAGUUGUCUAGACUCCACGCUCGAAUUCAAAUAAAAUGUUCGAGGUCAACUGGCCAUUUUCAAUACUGGUUAUUUAACAAAUACAUUGCUUAAUUUUACAAAAAAUAAUAAUUUCAUUAAAUAACGUGGUUUUUUUUUACAACUGUAUAUCUUCACGGAACGUCAAGAAACAAGAAACCUUGUAAGUGCAGCUUCAAUGCGUUUUGUCUUGUAUUUAUUUACUAUUUUGUUUGUAUAUUUAUUUCCUUUAUAAAGCAAGUUUCCUUUCUUCGUGGAAAGGAACUAAAAACAGGACACGAGACAGCUUUGGAUGCAAAGAUCGGAACAAAGGCACUGACAAGAGUUUGGUUACUGCAGUGUCUAAGGCAUUUUUUACCUCUCCAGGGUUCGUCGUCUUUUGAGCUCAACAAAUUCCAUGAUUUUCCUCGACUUUUUCCAUGACCUUUUCAAGUUUUCCAUGACCUUAGGUUUAUUUGUUACUUUAAAAAACUUUCACAAUUUUCCUAGUUUGGGAGUAUUUUUUGACCUUAAGCAGUUCAAUAGACACAUACUCUGGUGUCUACCAAAAUGAGUGCCAUUUGCGCUGUUUAAUUACUCCUCUCUAUCUUACAUUUUCCUUGCUUUGUCAUCUGCAGUAACUAAACUAUUCAACAAAACUUUAAUUUUCCAUGACUUUCAAGAACCGACAAUUAUUUCCAUGACUUUCCAGGGCUGGAAAAUGAAAUUAAUCGUUAAAUUCCGUGUCUUUCCAGGUUUUCCAUGACCUGUGCGAACCCUGCCCUUAAGGUGAUGUUACAUGAGACGAUUCGCAACGACGAUGUUUAGAGCAACACAGCGUUGCAAUGCUGGAACAAUGUUGUAACCAUUCGAAACAAUGUCGCAGCAAUGUUGUAACGCUGUGUUUCGCGAGAAAUCGUCAUUGCGAAUCGUCUCGUGUAUUGUUAAUAGGGUACUGAUUUUUGUUUUUGCCAAAAUGCAAGGUAUAAAUUAGAAUAUAAAUAAAGGCAUUAGGUAUCGACAGCUGUGAACUUAAGUAUUUUGGUAUAUUUCAAGACAAAAACUGCGGGUGUAUCGGGUAUUCCAUAAAUUCCAUAAUAAUAAUUUCAAACUCUUUGUUUUAGGGAGGAAUAUUGGAUAUGAAGUUUACAAAGACAUCAUGGGGGAAGAACUGUUCAAUCAGAAGAUCGAAGAAUUUGAAAAGGUAGGCGCAAACGAGUUUCAGAAUUGAAGCCAAUGCAUAUUUGUUCAAAAUAUUUUUUUCUUAGCAGAAAAAGCAAAAAUUGAAAUGGAGGAAAAUACAUUUGAAAAGGAGGUAAUCGUAUUCAUGGGACAGGUAUGAUGCAACAUGAAUAACAUUUCCAACGAACCACUGAAGCUCAAGUAAAAAAAGUAUAGUUACUGUAUCAGAUCUCGUUAAUGUUGGUGUUUUCGACUGCUAAAGUUGAGAACACAUAAAUUUCCUUAUGGUCAAAGGCAGCGUUUCCAAAUUUACUGAAAAGAAGAGUACGAGCAACGUCCACCCUCGAAAGGAAGUGGGACCACAACGACUGAUUUUUCCCCCUUACUUCCUUGUUUCCCUUUUAUGCUUUUUUUCAGCCACUCCCGCAACCUGGACUUUUUGAUUCUGCAAGGAUCGCAUAUGACACGAAAAAACUCAAGCUGCUUUUUGGUGCAAAAGCGAUGAUAAAAGGGCAGAGAGGCACGCACCCGGUUGGUGUCGGGAGCGAAGGCAUUGCCACAAUCGUCUCUAAUCCCAAGUUUCCCGCUUGUGCGUUUUUCACCCCCGGGCGUUCGUACUCGGUCUGCCUGCGUCACUCCACUAUCCAGUCUGUUGAUGACGUGCUGAUCGAUUUCUGCGGUGGGUCACUAAGGUUUGCCGGAAGUGAGGAUAAAGAAAGCCCAUGUGAUAUCGUGAUGGGGACUGGACCGACCACUCCCCUGUGGAGCUCAAAGGCAAUCUUCGAUGCUGUAAGAGCUAAAAUUUCAGGAGAUUUGAAAACAUAUCUCUUGCUCAGCCCUGACAAGUAAGUAAACGGACAUAGCUAAACAUAGCUAACUUCCACGAAAGUUUACUGACGUGUGAUAUCAUAAGUAGACUUUUAGAGGUUAGGGUGCUUGUUCCAGAUGGAAACGAGUCAAGAUUUUCCUGUCGGUUUUUCGUCCCAUGUAUAAAGGGAAUAAUCCAAGACAUUCUUGGGGUUCCACGCUUUGGAUUCCGGAUUUUCGGUAAUGGAUUCCGGAUUCUUUGUCAGUGGAAAUUGGAUUCAGGAUUCAAAUCGUUAGUGGAUUCCGGACUCCUUGAACUGUAUCCCGGAUUCUACAGCAAAAAUUUCUUGGAUUCUGGAGUCCACAAACAAACUUUCCCGAAUUCCGAAAUCCCUUACAUGGGUCGAGGUUUUAUUUAGCAGAAUUAAAUAAGAGACUGAAAUCAUUUUUCUAUAACGCUACUGUAAGUUAAUGUCGAGUAGGGUUCCUCUUUAUUUCAACAGCUAAAUGUUGAAAUUAUAUUCCACUUACUUAAUCGCAGCCUUGUAGCCAACAUUGGUGGUCUGCGCCAAAAGCCUGACUCAUUCUACGACCAGCGGUAUUACACUGAAGUGAUCCUGGAUUUCAAAGCGUUUGAUGACGUCAAGCGUUACGUGAGGUUUCGACUGAUCCCAGCUGACGGAUCACGGGAAACGGGUUUAUUAUCUGAAAAAGUACAAUGGCAUCCUUGGUAAGUUUUAAUCAGUUAUAACAGGUGGAAAUUGUUCAAUCUCCUGAACCGACUAGUACUUUAACAUUAUUGUGUCCCAAAGAAAACAGCUUCCCCUGGAAUGAACGUUAUCAUCUACACUCUUAUGUCAUAGUGUCGCGUCACUCCUUCUACGCGUGAGACAAAAUAUACUUCUUUUUGUCUAUAUAAUCCCGUGAUGUUCAAAACGUAAGAGAGACCACGAGCCGCAAGUUUUGGACAUUUUGACGCCACUAUAAGAGUAGACAAUGGAAACCUGCUGUUAUUAUAAGUUUAAAGUUUAUUAUUUGUUUAUUUAUAUACUUUUUUGCUAAUGGAGUAAAAGAAUUCGAAAAGAGGCCUCUGCUGGCAGGGAAUUUAUUUAUUGAGUGAUUAUUUCGUUUAUCUGUAUACUUGUUUCUUCUUUUAUUAUUUAUAAGUUAUUUAUUUGUUUCUUUAUUCUUUCUAACUCUUCCCUUAGUGGCUUAGUACGAUAGCGUUGGUAAAAUAUAAUAUGUAAAUGUUCUGUCACAGGGAUAACAGAAGGUUGCCAAAAGAGCCUCUACCUCCAGACUACUUAAAGCGCGAGUAUAAGGAGCGAUUAGGCAAAGGACCUCUCGAGUACAAGCUUCAAAUGCAACUCCAUGAAGCUAAGCCCAAUGAUUCGCAUCUGAUACUUCAUGUCGGAAGGGAAUGGGACGAGAGUACACACCCAUGGCUAGACGUAGCUGAUCUCAAAAUGACAUCACUUCUGUCGCCAACAGCGACCGAACGACUGAAAUUCAUAUUCACCAACCGUCCACCUUGCAUUGAUUUAUUGCCAGCUCAGUCUGUUGACGAUCCCAACGUUGUUCUUCAUAUUCGAAAUGCAGUGUACGUAUGGUCUCAGAAGUUACGAUCCAGGAGGUCAAAUAAGGUACUCCCAGAUCACAUGGCCUCUUAUCUCAUCCGAGUAGAAACCGGAAGCCAGUCAGGAGCAAGUACGGACGCCACAAUAACCAUAUCUUUGACAGGUAAAACUACAAUAUCUUUGGAAAAAGCUGGGGAAGAAGGUGGGGUGGGGAGAGGGGGUUACUUUGAGUGUUGCAUUUCGGUGAGGCUCCGACCAAAAUGGUUACCUUGUUAAGCUUUGCGUGUAUAAAAGGAUGCAGGGAUUUCAAAAAUUAAGGUGUAUGAAGGGGUAAGGAAAAUUGUCAUUUAGGUUUUUAAAAAAGCCUGAAAGUUCAAUAUUUUAAACAAACAAACCGCACCCUCUUGCUGUUCCCCCGUAAAAUAGUUGUUUACUUUAUUCCAAGGGAUUAGGAAAGGUAGCCUAAUAGUGUUCAAAAGCAGGUGUAUGAAAGGGUCCUGGGCUACCGUAACUUUUUGGCAAUAAACUGUACUUAAAAACUUAAGGGGCAACGGGUUUUAACUCCCGCAGGAUCCUAUACUCAUGUAUAGCUUUCAAUUGUUGGUGUUGUUGUAUUUCAAAUUUGGGAUUAUUUUCCAAUAUUUUCUCUUCACCUUUCGAAUGUUUUUCUUAAUGCAGGGACUAAAGGGAAGACAAAAAUGAUUAAGUUAGACAACUGGGGAAAUGACUUUGAAAAAGGAGAUGUUGAUGAGUACUCGGUGGAGGCUAUGGAUGUUGGUGAGGUCUUGAUGGUUCAUCUGCAUAACAGUGGUGGCGGCUGGUGGCACAAGAAUCCUGAUUGGUUUGUAAACAGGAUCUCAGUGAUAAGUUCCGGUCAGGAAGAUCCCUUCGAGUUUCCUUGUUAUCGCUGGGUGUUGUCGGAUCUGGUUGUAUUUGAAGGAAAAGGUAAGGCUACCAAAAUAUCAAACUGUAUCAAGAAAAGACUGUCGUGACUCUAUACAGUCACGACAGUGGGCGGGACGCGUUACAGCUGAAUGUCUGUCGUACAAGGCGAAGGCUCCACCGUGAUUUAGCUACUUUGAUCCGCCAGCAAAGUAUUUUCCGUCACAUAAUGCUGGGAAUAUCCGUACACUGAAAACUGACCUCAAAGGGAAGCAGCUGUUCGUAAGUUCUCUUUUGCUUAACUAUUUUGGGUUAUGGGUUAUGCCUCGACAGUAUGGAAAGACUUCGAAGUUGCUGGUGCAUGGAACCUUGACGGCAAGAAACUAAAGCAAUACAAAAUGGUAACGAACGAAAAAAACGUCCCCUAAACACUAACUCAGAGACAGUAUUUUUUUUAAAGUUAUGCAUGGGAUCUUUUUAAUUUUAGAAGGUACUUGAAAUGCCCUUGCACUAAGCCUAGUGAUGACAAAUUUAUAUCUGAAUAAACUAACUGUAAAUUAUCAAAAGCAUUACUUUUCUUCUCUCUUUUAGGCCAGGAAGAUUUCUUUUUGUAAAGAACCUCGAGCUUUCACUUUAUACACUCAUUCUUUUUGGGCCUCCCCUGGCAGCAACUACGUAAUUAGCUUUCGGAUGUAAGCUUGUAGGGCCAGUUAUUUAAACGGAAUUUAGCCAGUGUUUAACAAAACCGCGUUCUAAGCCAUUUUCAGUUUGCCGAACGCUUUUAAGUAGACACCAUUUAUCGUGAACAGUUUCAUGAAAGCAUGUGGCGAAGACUAGAAAAGUAUUUUCCUUCUUAAAAGAAAGAAAUUUGGAGGUUGAAAGAUUUCCUAAACCGCGGUCUAAGUUAGACUUCGUUUAAAUAAUUGGCCCGUAAAGUCUGAUGAUAAAUGAGAUAUAUUUCUCCAUUCCUUACAAGAUACCUUGUUUUGAUCUCAAUUCUUUAGCUAUCCUUCCCUUCCAAGAUCAACCAGAGGUUGUGAAAACUCAGCGAAAACUAGAAUUGCAGCAACGACAGGAAAGCUACAAAUGGGGAACCUUUCCUGGCUUUGAAGACCUUCCUGGGCAUCUUCAAGCCGCCAAGCACUCUGAUAUCCCAAGAGAUUCACAAUUUUCACACGAGGCCAAAAACUCCAUUGCUGACGAUAAAAAGAAGGCGGUGAAAAAUCUUGGCCUUUCUAACCUCGCGACUCUCUUCGAGGCCUGGGAUAACUUUGACGACUUUCAAAAGAUCCUUAAAAGACCCUACAAAGGAGUGCCAAAAAUUGCGGAAGGAGAUCGCUGGAUGACGGAUAGUGUCUACGGAUCGAUAUUCCUGAAUGGUUGCCACCCGAAUGUUAUUGAGCGUUGUACGAAAUUGCCAGGAAAUUUUCCAGUCACUAAUGUCCUGGUGAAAAGCACUCUGGAUCGUGGCCUAACAUUGGAACAGGAGAUGAAGGUUUGUAGUCACGCCUCGUUUUUCUUUCCUUCAGUUUGAUACCAAUAGGGAAGUUACCGAGUAUAGAGUGUUUUCAAAUGACGUCACGGCGGCCAUAUUGGUGUCCCAAAACAAUGAAACGGCGGCCAUGUUGGUGUCUCAAGUCAGUCCUCUGGAAGCUGUACUCUUUUCUUAAGCAAACGCUUUCUUUUGUUCCAGUAAGAUGAUAGAUGCUGGCCAAGUGAGUGAAAACGCUCUAUAUAUAACGAUCGGCGAAAAUAUUCUCAUCCUUUUUGCUGUCUCGGUUGACUUCUCAGAAUCGGCAUAUAGCACUCAGGAACAUGGGCAUUGAAAUAGCAUUGGCAUUGACGGGUUUUGAACAUAAAGUGCAAGGGACCGCAAAUGAAUUUGCGGUAGAACGUAGGAUCUAAUAAAGAAGACCUGAUCAGGAAAAUAUACCAAUUAGACACAUUUCAAUCUGCAAAGCUGAUCGUGCUGCGUAAAACAUGAAAAGCUGUUGACGGUUACAACCCCGCACUGUUUUGGGUUCUAUCGGUGUCUUGCAAAGUUACUUUUCACGUAGUACGAUCAGCUUUCAGAUUUCAAUGUGUCUAUUUGAUCUAAUUGCCUUUGUUUGUUUCUUUGUUUGUUUGCGUGUUUGUCAUCCUGGGGCCAUCAGAAAGGUCACGUGUACAUUGUCGAUUACAAAGAGCUCGAAGGCAUUACAGAAUCGUCCGAGGAAGGGGCGACUAGCUACAAUGCACAUCCCCUGGGGCUAUUUUACGUUAAGAAUUCUGGAGAUCUGGUGCCUAUUGCCAUACAGCUUUUCCAACAACCAAGUGAAACCAACCCAAUAUGGACUCCAGACGACGCAAAAUAUGAUUGGCUGUUGGCGAAGAUGUGGCUUCGACACGCAGACUAUAAAAUGCAGCAGGUUUGUAAUACCUCUUCAAUCUAUUGUGCUAAGAUAGCGAGAAUUUAUUGCGUAAAAAAUAUAGAAUAGCACUAUUGCGGUCAAGUACUAUCUCACAACAAGAAUCAGAAAGCGAAGGCAGCGAAAUGCGUUCGUUGGCUUAACGUAAGGUAUUUGAGUACUGUUUAGACCGAGGAAAGAAUGUAUACUAACCUACACUGUACUUUGAGCGUUGAUACCUUUCGGGAAUUUCUCACUGAACUUGUUGCCGUUUUCUGAAACUUUUCUGAAAACAUUCUGGCAGUCGUUUUCAGGAAUAAACAUAGGUAACUCAUUGCCAGGAAUCCUUCCGCUCCGGGUAACGUGUAGGCCCUGCGAACGAGGUUGAACAAGGUUGAAAUGGUUUUGAAUGUACGGAUUUCCGCCUACCGGUUGCAAAAUACAAAAAAAAAAAAGUAAAAAAAGAAAAGAAAAACACGUCUAUAAUUAAUUACAAUAGACCAUCAGAACCAUAUUUCUUUUCUCUCUUUCUUCCUUCCCCCCCUCCUCCCCCCUUUUUUCUUUCUGGCCUCUGGUGAUCAUAUAACCAACCAAAUUUCACUUUACUAAAGGUAAACGCCCAUGUUCUCAAAACUCACAUGGUUAUGGAGACUUUUGCCGUGGCAGCUUGGCGCCAGCUGCCCUCGGUUCAUCCAGUAUUUAAAGUCCUCUUCCCUCAUCUUCGCUCUGUGAUGGCAAUCAACAAUUUCGUCAGACACGACUUGGUUACCAAGACAGUUCCUAUGCAGAUUUUGAAGAAAAGUUACAAAGCGUUCAGGUUUAGCAUGCUCUCGCUGCCUGAAGUGCUCACCAAGAAGGGAGUGGACGAUAGUAAGAAAUUGCCGAAAUACUACUACAGGUAAAGAAGAUGUUAUUGUUUGCAUAUUGCACAGUGUAACGUUAUCGAGCAAAUACCAAUUACUAAAACCUAGUUUCAUUCAAAUGUACAGCACCCUUGAAAUAAGCCGGAACUGCUUUUUUUUUAAUUGUCAGAGAUGAUGCUCUUCGCCUAUGGAAAGCUAUUUCAACUUUCAUCCGACAAGUCACCUCCAUCUACUAUAAGUCAGAUAAAGACGUUGCUAAGGACACGGAGCUUCACGCCUGGUUGCUAGAUAUACACGAGAAUGGAUUUCCUGUUGGAGAAAGUGGCAUCGAUCGCGAGCUUCCUAAAAGCAUUUCGACCCUCGACCAGCUCGUUCACGGUCUUACCUGCAUAGUAUUCACGUGCUCGUGCCAGCAUGCUGCAGUGAACUUUGGACUCAUGGAUGUUGCAGGUUUUAUUCCCAAUACUCCUCAUCUCAUGCGUCGUCCGCCUCCAACCAAGAAAAACGAAGCUUCUCUGAAGUCCAUCAUGAAGACGCUUCCAAACAAGUCUCAGGCUGCCCAUCAAAUCGCUUUCUUGUAUGUUUUAACCCAAUUUGCUGAGGAUGAGGUGAGAAUAGUCACGUGUUAGUACAAGAUAACCAAUAAUAAUAAUAAUAAUAAUAAUAAUAAUAAUACAAGAAAUGGUGAUGUCAACAAUCAUAUUGCAGAAAGCCAUUAACAGACAAACCAUUCAAUUGCAAUCGACUGGAACUCUGUGACUUACAUGACGUUUUCAACAGCCUACUAUCAAUGACUGACAUUGGUAUAUUGGUUUUCUAACUGAGAAGAAACACCGCUGAGCCUAAAUCUGCAGCUACUGGCACCUCACAAUAAAAUAACGACUUAUUGACUGGACUCAAACAAAAUUGUCAACGAUAGAAUGAUAGUAGAACCGUCAAUUUGACUAACAAUAACACGGCCUCUAUAACUGUGACAAAAGACGGAUCGAAGUUCACCAAUCACAUUUAGAGUCUUCAUAGCCAAUCACGGCAUCAUUGACAGACAAUUAAUUGAAUCAUCUGACGUUUGACCCUAAAUAGGACUACCACACAAGAUGGGGUUUCUAACUUUUUAUGAAGACUGCUUUAGAGGACCAAGGAGGAAGACAGUCAGUUGUGUGUUUAUUCGGAAAUAAACCCACAAAUACUAUCCGUGUGGCAUGAGCUUACUAACACCGCUAGUUCAUGCAAGGUAGGGUGGUUUACUCCACCUCCCUGUAAAAGUUUUCUUUUCUUGUCCAUUCUUUUAACAGCUUCAUCAAAAUUUAAAGAAAAACAGAAAAACGAAUUAAAGUCAGCCACUUGUGGGAAUAUGACGCCAUCGCAAAAUGCUUAUCGUUUAAUUUCGUCGCUUUUUAUCUUUCAGCGUUUCCUUGGUGACAUUACGCACAGUCUCCUGACGGGUGAUGAAGCAGAGGCUGCAAUUUGUCGUUUCCAGGCUUCUCUCCAGGAAAUAUCGGAUUCAAUCAAAGUUCGCAAUGAAUCACUGGAGUUGCCUUACAUCAAUCUGUUACCUGAGCGAAUCCCCGAUAGUAUUGCUAUCUAGUAAGAGGGAUCGCGGACGUCUUACUAUUUCUGUCGCUGAAAUAAUGGUUAAGAGCUGCUUUACGUUAGAAUACUAGAUCACAAAGGACUUAAGACAAAAAAAAGUAUUUUAUAGGUGAAAAAACAACAACAACAACAACAACAAAUCAUAAUUGCAAGAAAAUUAGUUGAUUUUCGCUUAUAACCAAGAAUAUUACCUUUAACCCUCUGUGCUAGGGUUAUGUCAAUUUUCGUAUUUUUUUUUCGUUGGCCAUCUCCAUGGUUUACAUUUUAGAGGUCCGUCAUGACAAAGAAAGGAACGAACUCAACAUGUCUGUUUGCAAAUGGUUAAUAUCAGUAAAUUGGCCUUUAGACACCGUCCUCUUUUAAUGAAUUAAUAUUUUCCAAAAUGUAAAUGCAAAGUAUGAUGGAAGUAAAUUAAAUGUACCAAUAAACGCCGUCAAUAGUUAAUCCUCAUUUUUUUCAUACAAAUUGGUCUAAUUUUAAAAUUUGGUUUUGUCACAAAACUUCUACGUUUAACUUGAAUUGUAAUAAUUACAGGAAAUUUUCUAAUCUUCGUUAGAUUCUAAAAGUAUAUUUUGAGAUAUUAUCGUUUUUUACGUUGCCAAGAGAUCAUAAUAGGACUCUUGACGUUGCUUAUGAAAGUCAUCAAACCAGGUUUCGUUCUGGAAGGGGGAUUUUGAUUCCGCAUUCCCGCUCCCUUUUUGGAUUGGGCUGGGCUAUUCUGUGUAUUACGGAUAAAUUAUUAUUAGUA